AGUAACUUUCAAAAAUGUUUUCCAGGAUUGGAAUCUUGCAAAGGAAUUCACACUGGAUGAAAACCAUUUCCUGAAGCUGGGUCUAUUCCAGGAACUGUAACCCAAAUGUUUCUCUGUCCGUGGAGGAGAUUUCACAUUUGAAGAAACUUCUACCGAAGCCAGUCGUGUCCCAUCACCAUGUUCUGGAAGUUUGAUUUGAACACAACGUCACACGUGGACAAGCUGCUGGACAAGGAGGAUGUGACCCUGGAGGAGCUGAUGGACGAGGAUGACGUCCUGCAGGAAUGCAAGGCCCAGAACCGGCGGCUGCUGGACUUUCUGUGCCAGCAGCGCUGCAUGGAGCAGCUGGUCACCCUCAUCACCCACGAGCCCCCCGUGGACAUGGACGAGAAGGUCCGAUUCAAGUACCCCAACACGGCCUGCGAGCUGCUCACCUCGGACGUGCCGCAGAUCAACGACAAACUGGGCGGGGACGAGACCCUGCUCAACAUCCUCUACGACUUCCUGGACCAUGAGCCCCCCCUGAACCCCCUCCUCGCCAGCUUCUUCAGCAAGACCAUCGGGAACCUCAUUGCACGCAAAACAGAACAGGUGAUCUCAUUUUUGAGGAAAAAGGACAAGUUCCUGAGCCUGGUGCUAAAGCACAUCGACACCUCUGCCAUGAUGGACCUGCUGCUGCGCCUCAUCAGCUGCGUGGAGCCCACGGCGCUGCGCCAGGACGUGCUCAACUGGCUGAAUGAAGCCAGGAUUAUCCAGAGACUCGUGGAGCUGAUCCAUUCGAGCCAGGAUGAGGAUAGGCAAUCCAACGCUUCCCAGACCCUGUGUGACAUCAUCAGGCUGAGCAGAGACCAGAGCACUCAGCUCCAGGAUGUCCCGGAGCCAGAUCCACUUCUCACAGCACUGGAAUCGCAGGAGUGGGGGCCAGGGAGCCCAAAGGUCCCACCUGACCCAGGUCCCGGGGUGAUGGCCAUGGAUGACAUGCUCCUCACCAACAUGUUCGACGGGGAGCAGAGCGAGACCUGCAUCGUCAACGGAACCCAGGUGCUCCUGACGCUGCUGGAAACGCGGCGCUCCGGAGUGGAAGGCCUGAUGGACUCGUACACUCAGGGAUUCGAGAGGUCUUACACUGUCAACAGCAGCAUCUUACACGGCAUCGAGCCCCGGCUCAAGGACUUCCACCAGCUGCUGCUGUGCCCGCCCAAGGUACCGCCGGCACUCCAUGGACACGGGGCCAGGGAGGGGAAUCCACAGCAAACCCUGAAACCCAGGGAUGAGCAGCAGGAGGCUGAGAGCUGUGUUCAGGGAAAUCUUUGGGACUGGGGGAUUGAGGGGAGAUGGGAAGGGAUGGAGAGGAAGAAACUUUCAGUGAAUACCAGGGAAGGAGCAGGAGGAUCCACAGUUCUCCUUUGGAAAAUCCUGAAUAUCCUCCCUUUUUCCCCACAGCUGUUCCAGAAGUGCUGCCUGGUGCAGAGGAUAUUGGACGCCUGGGAAGCCAAUGACAAAAUCCAGGCAGAGGGCGGCAGGAGGAGAGGGAACAUGGGGCACCUGACCCGCAUCGCCAACGCCGUGGUGCACAACAUGGAGAAGGGGCCCAUGCAGGCCCAGAUCAGUGACUUCAUCAAAGAGCUGCCUGAGGACUGCAGGGGCAGGUGGGAGAGUUUUGUGGAGGAGACGCUGACGGAGACAAACCGGAGAAACACGGUGGAUCUGGUGAGCACCCACCACCUGCACUCCUCCAGCGAGGAUGAGGACAUUGAAAAUGCUUUUCCCAACGAGCUCACUCUCCAGCAGGCCUUCUCCGAGUACCAGAUCCAGCAGAUGACGGCCAAUUUUGUGGAUCAGUUUGGCUUCAAUGAUGAGGAGUUUGCAGACCAGGAUGACAACAUCAAAAAUGUACCUGGCACUGGGAUUAUCCCAGUGGCCAUAACAGUCCUGAAAUUGGGACCAAUUAUGGAGAGAGCAGUGCUCCAGGGGGUCCCAGUGCUCCUGGCCUGGGGCUUAAAGCAGUGUCUCCAGAGAGCGUGUGCCAUGUGGUUUCUCUUUGGUCUGCAGCCCAACGCCUCCCUGUUCGAGGCCUGCUGCAACGAGCGCAUCCAGCAGUUCGACGACAACGAGGAGGAGGAGGAUAUCUGGGAGGAGAAGGACAUCUCCUACGCCACCCAGGUCAAGUCCAGGACACGGUUUGGAGCCUCACAGACGUCAGAGAGCUCCAAGAGUGACCUGGAGAACGGGGACCACGACGGCAGUGUGGACUCGGAGGAGGAGGAGGAGCGGCCCCCACCCCCCUCCCCACACAAGGGCAGCGCCCCAGAGCAGAAGGACUCAGACUCCUGCCAAGGUACCGGGCUUGGGAGCACCUCCCUGGGGCUGCAGGGGUCACAGCAGCACUGGCCAGGGGAAACCGGGGUGUCAGGGCUCCCCUUGUGCCUCUGGAGCCCUGGAGCUGCAGCCCUGUCCAGGACUGCCCUUGUGUCAGGCAGCCCCACAGGGAGAAUCCCAGGGAAGGGGUCCCUGCCCGUGGCAGGGCUUGGAAUGAGAGGGGCUGUAAGGUCCCCUCACACCCAAGCCAUUCCAUGGUUCUGUGGCUCCCUGAAUCCCAGCUCCUUCAGUGCAAUCCCAGUCAAAGCAGCAGUGCAGGGAUGUGACCUGAACUCGUCCCAUCCCAGGACAGGAGUUGUGUGCCCACCUUUGCCAGGUGUCUCCACACCCUCAUCCCUGCCUGCUCUGCUUUUCCAGCCGUGCUCUGCCUGUGGCAGUCCCAUCCCUACAGUGACUGGAGCAGGAGUGCAGAGGGACAGGCUUUUCCUGGAAUCCCAGGAAUGGUUCAUGUGGGCAGGGACCCCAGAGCCCCUGCAGUGCCACCCCUGCCAUCCAGGGACACCUCCCCACAGGCACACUUCAUUUCUCCCUGGUGGUGUCCCAGGCCAGGCUGCAUGGGGCUGGGAGCACUCUGGGACAGUGGAAGGUGUCCCUGCCCAUGGUGGCACUGGGUGGGCUUCGAGAUCCUUCCCGCCCACCCCAUCCCACGAUUGCCAGACCAUCUGCAGUGGCUGCAGGCCCUGUUUGACCCCUCGGGCCAGUGCAGGGAGCUUUCCCGAGGUUCCAGUGUGGGCUGUUCCUCCCCCAGCCAGCACUGCUGCCUCUCCCUGUGUGUGGAACGCGUGUGGGACACGGAAGGCACCGCUGGUGGCCUUGGACAGCAGCUCCUCGGGCAGCUCCGAGAGCGACGACGACGACGACGACAAGGCCAAGGCUGGCACGGAAUCCACGGCACAGGAGCCCAGCAAGGACAGGGCAGCUCCCUCCAGUGGCUCUGACGGAAAGGCUCCGGAGAUGCUUCCCGCGGGCGACUCCGGUGCCCCCCGUGCCCGGAACAGCGCGGCCACGCACACGGACGGGCACCAGAGAGUGGCCACUGCUGUCACAACUGCCACAGAAACGGCCACGAGAGACAGGAGUGACGAGGCCUUGCCCUGCACCGAAGCCACGUUGAACGGCCCCGCUUGAUGCCACCGCCGCCCUGGGACGUGUGUGAGCCAGGCCAGGCUGCUCCCUGGUGAUGCAAUUUGUCAAUUCUUUAUUUUUUUUUUUUCAUUUUAAUUUUAUUUUUUAAUAAAUGCUGCAUUGAUGAGAGCGAGCUGGCGUUCAGGACCAGACACGCAGAUCCAACAGCACCGAUCCGUUCGGAAAGACACUCGGCAUUGUCGAAAUGUAGCAUUGAGUUCAGUCCUCACGGGAAUGACGGGCUCUUCCCAAGCCUUCUGCCUGAUUUGAGUUGUCCCCUUCCCCGUGCCCCUGGUUUUUGUUUUGGAUUUGGGGUUCAGUGCUGUUUUCCCAGUGUUAUUGCACACAGUAUUCAGCUUCUCUUGGGAAGGUAGCAGGUCCAGCGGCGGCCGGGGCCAGCGCACAAAUCCCGCAGCCGUGUGACCAAAGUUCCUGAUGGAGCUGUCCUCGGGCAGCCUUUGCACCGCUUUGUAGAGCAAUAAAGCCUUACCAGAAACAUUUCACAGGAGAGGAGGAAUGCCAACACUUCCGUGGGGGGAGCAGGGAGGGCUUGGAUUGGGUUGGCAGGGCCGAGGCCGGGGUUGUCCCUGGCCAGAGCAGGCAGUGACGCUGAGGCCCAGCUGUCCAGGGAACGGGAUGUCCCUGCAUUCCAGGGGAUGUCCCCGCACUCCAGCGCUGCUCCGGGCUCUCCAUGGACAGUGGUGGAUCAGGGCAGGGGCUGGGCCGGGCACAGGUGGCCUCUCCUGCCGAUGGCCGUGCUGGCCGCAGGGAACCCUGCCCGCGAGGAGGUGACCAGGGGUUUGCUGGCUCUUUGGAGACUGAAUUAAUGUAUUUGCAAAUGAUGAUGGAAAUCCUUUUUCUGUUUGUUUUGUUCUGUUUUUAAAGUUUUUAAUGGAUGCAGGAACAGCAACACUUUUGCACUUUGUACCUGGUGAUGACAGCGUUGGGGGAGGGCAUGGGAGAGCCCUGGGGGACAUGUGGGUCCCUCGGGGGCAAUGGGAGAGCAGGGCCAGGUGAGGGGAGCACCUGGAGCUGGGAUAUGGGAUAUGGGAUAUGUGAUAUGGGAUAUGGGAUGUGCCCAGGCUGGAGCUCUGAGCUCACUGCCAGCCCAGCCUGGGGGGCACAUGAGGCACUGGGGCAGCUGAGCUGGAACCCCCAGCUUGUGGAAUCCUGAAAAACCCUCCCUUUGGAGCAAAGGCUGGAGCUUGGCACACAGGGAGGCAGAGCGCUGCUUUGGGAUGCGUUCCUGGGAGUGGGAAGGGCCUCCUGCUCCCAACAGGCAGAAAUGCCUUGCUUGUGCUGUGGUGUCUGCUGGUGGGAUGUGCUCAGCUGGGCUGGGGGGCAGUGGGGGAGCCAGGUGUUCCCACUUGGGGCUGCUCCUGUGGGUGCGAGGGCACCACUCCCACAGCCCUGGCCCAGCCCUGUGUGCCCAGGUCGGUUCUGCUCGUGGGGAAAGGCCUGGAUGCCAGGAGCUGGGCUGCCGAGGUGCCUGGGAUCCUGCAGUGGCUGGGGCUGUGGGCCGUGUGUGCUGCUGGCACUUCCUUGGGAAUCAGUGGUGCAGGGCUCCUGUUCGGGAAGUUUUCACUUGCUGCGUGUAAUUUAAAAUUAAUAAUUUAAAGUUAAUUGCACUGGGAGGGAAAAAAAAAAAUCUCACUUUGUGCUUUGCUUCCCCCGCUUGGUGUUCAGGGAUCAAUCCCACUCCAGCCAGGACUCUCAGACAGGAUCAGUGGCUUUGAGGUCCUGAUUGGAGACACAUUAAAGUCUUAAUUUUCCAAGGAUUGGUGCUAGAGUUCUGCUGGACAUUGGGCAUCCUUGGGGCCCCAGAGCUGAUUCCAUGGGAGCUGAAGGAUCCACAGCCUGGCUGGAUCCAGGGGAUGCCAGGGUGCUCUUCCAGCCUGUUCCCUGUGCCUGCCCCAGGGGGAUCAGGGAUGCGGGGAAUGUCCUCGGCAGGCACAGCUGGAUCAUCCUUGCCGUGGGAGCAGUGCUUCGGGUGGCUCUGAGGGACAGGACAGGGCCUGCACCCCGGGCUGCUGAGCUUUGGGAGCAGAGAUUCCACCUGGACAGGGAUGGGCAGCAGUGACCCCACGCUGGGGCUGGCUGUGCAAUUCCAGCCUGGCAUUCCUCAGCUUUGGCUUCGAGUCCCUGAGUGUCAGUGAGAGCUUUAAUAAUAAUAAUUAUAUUAAUAAUAAUGAUUAUAAUAAUAAUAAUAUCCUUGGGCAUAUCCAGAACUGAACACAGCUCAUUACUGGGGGCUCAUUAGUGGGUUAAUUUAUUACUUAGCGCUGAGACACAUCACUGGGGCUGGUCAGACCUGUGGAGAUGCACAAAUUCCAUGGGUUGGGUGCCUGUGGAUGAUCCCUCCACAGCUGGACUGAGGCUCUCAGUUCAUUCCACCUCUGCACUCCCCUGGGCUGUUCUUCCCCCCAGGCAGGGCCCGACCCAGACCCAGCUCCUGCUGCCUGGGCUGCUGGGUUUGCAGCUCUGAGCAGAGCCAGAGCCGCUUCCUGGCUGCCUCCAGUGCUGGUGUGGGGAAUCCAGGAAUGGGAGAUCCUUCUGAGGCAGAGCUUCCCGUCCCUCUGGAGACACGGUGGGUGUGGGGGCUUGGAGUGUCCCACCUGGGGUUUUCCUUCUCCCUGUGCUCCAGGAAAGGCUUCCCAGGCCUGGAGCAGGCUCUCUUGGCUUCUGAGCGUGGGAUUCCCUGUCCCUGUGUCCCCUCAUGCCCUGGCCCUGCUCCGUGCCCAGGUGAUGGGGGCUCCCUCCAGGUCCUGCUCCGUGCUUCCCUCCUGCCUCCUUGGGAUCUCCCAUAAUCACAGGGUGCCCUGGGGCUGUGAGGGUGUGCCUGGACACAGAUCUGUGUCAUUGCAUGGAUGUUCAUCCACACACACUUGGAUCUUGUGGGAAGCCUGGGAAGGGGGCACUGAGACACAAGGAGCUGGGUUUUUAUCUCCAGGGUCAAGGCCAAGAGCAGCAAGGCCUGGUUCCAGGGGGAUGGUUCUGGAAUGUUCUGUGCAGUGGCUCUGCCUGCCUGGGCAUCCAUCUGGGCAUCUGGUGAUCCCGCUGUGCCAACUGCUCCACACUGGGGUGGGAGGGAAGGGGGUCCUGGGCACAGUUAGAGCUGAACCUCAUCCCUUUGGCCAGUCCUGGGCAGUCCCUGGGUCGUGGCACGCCUGUCCUGGGUGGGAUGUGGGAAGAAUGGAAUGGGCUCCUUGGGCAUGGGAAAGCCUGUGGUGUUGGAGUGUCCCCAUCACUGGCACUUCGGGUGCCCCUUCCCAGUGUCCCGGCUCCUGUGGGGGCCCCUGGGUGCAGAGGGAGGGAGGGCAGCAGGGUGGAGGGCUGGGAAUCCCCGAUCCCAGUGUGUGGAGCUGUGAUCCCGUGGCAGUGCUGGGAUUGAGCAUUCCUGGGGCUCAGGACAGGCCGGGGGGUCUGUACCCCCUCAAUCCAGGGUUAUCCAGAGGUGUGUCCAGAAUUGCUGCGUGUCCCAGGCCAGAGAUCCCACUGCACCCUGCAAGGGCAACCAGCAGGGAAUAUUCCCAUCAUUCCCUCAGCAAUUCCACAGCCAAAAACUUCCCUAAACCAGAAUUCCCUCUCCUCCUGAGUCAGGCAAAAUCCCGGGUGUUUGUUGGGGUCCUGUGUCCUCAGCAAAGCCCAAGGGAAAUUGCCCAAGUGUCCCAAGGCUUGGCUGUCCCUGGGAUGGAAUCCCAAGGUUUCACCCCGAGGUUCCAUCAGGAACAUCUCUUGGAGAGCUGCAGGUGUGCAGGGAGUGGAAACCCUGGGGGCACAGAUUGGAAAAAAAAGAAAA